CCCGCCAAACCUCCAAACCUUCAAAACCUCGCGCCGCAACUUGAACCUCCUCCGAUCUUGGGCCUCCCGUCGUCUUCCUUGUACUUUUCAGCAUACCCGCCUAUAGCCUCUUCUUCUUUUUGCUCUCUUCAGUCCUCUUCCAUCAUCAUGUCGUGGCAAGCCGUCUUGAUCCCGACCGAGUACCGAGCCGAUGCUGACCUCUAUCAACACAACAGCCUCGUCGCCACCGGUCACAUCGACAAGGGCGCCAUCAUCAGCGUUGCUGGCGACAGCGCCUGGGCCCACUCCCCCGACUUUCAGCUCAAGCCCGAGGAGAUGAAGGCCAUCUCCUCCAUUGUCAGCGAAGACAAGGCCGCCAUCGACAAGGCCUUUGGUGAGGGUCUGUACAUCGGCGGCGAGCGAUACGUCUUGACCCGAGUCGAGGGCCGAAGUCUCUACGCCCGAGCGGGCCGCCUCGGCGUCGCAGUUGCCAAGACCACUCAGGCCAUCGUCGUCGGCCACCACGGCGAGGCCCAGGUUGCUGGCAACGCCACCAGCACCGUCGAGGCCCUCGCCGAUUACCUCAUCGGCCAGGGUUACUAG